AUGCUUUCUACUUUGAUUACUGGUCUAGCAGCCCUCUCUGUGGCGCGUGCCUCUCCUCAUGCCCUUUCUCGUCGUGGAACUGUCGCCUCGGACGCCAUCGUUGGCUUGCCGCAGACUGUGCCCAGCGGAACAGCUGGCGAUCUGUAUCUGGCUUACCAGCCGGAUUUGUACGUUGUGAAUGGAUGUGUUCCUUUCCCCGGUGUUGAUGCUGAUGGGAACACCAAUGCCGGUCUUAAUCCAUCGGGAGGUUCCUCUGACGGCUGCAGCAGCAGCACCGGUCAGAUCUAUGUCAGAGCAAGCACUUCAGGCGAUUACUACGCUGUGAUGUACUCAUGGUACUUCCCCAAGGACGAACCCUCAACGGGAAUCGGCCACCGCCACGACUGGGAAGGUGUUAUCGUCUGGCUAAAAGAUUCCACGACCAUCUCUGCUAGCAGUGUGGUUGCCGUCUGUCCCUCUGCUCACGGCGGCUGGGACUGCAGCACUGAUGGCUUCACGCUUGAUGGAACUGCUUCCUUGAUCAAGUAUGAGUCUAUUUGGCCAAUUGAUCACAGCUGCGGUCUUACCACUACUGUUGGUGGUACUCAGCCUCUUGUUGCGUGGGAGUCUCUGUCUACUGUUGUUCAAGAUGCUCUGGCAACCACUGACUUUGGAUCUGCCAUUGUUCCGUUCAUCGAUGCCAACUUCGAUAACAACUUGGCCAAGGCUACUUUCUGA